GGAACAGGUUCCAACAGUCGCUACGUCAAGAGCUGUACGCCGAGGUGCUGACAGCCGUCGAGCUGCCGUUUACCUUCCGUCCUCUUUCCGCGGUGGAAACAUGGCCCUGAGCCGCCUGGAGAAGGCUCAGGUAUGGCUUUUCAAAGCUGUCACUGGGCUCUUCGUGAUGAUUGUUCAGUUCCUCCUUCGGAGUCCCGCAGCCUCCAGGAAGAAGCUGCCACCCGUCACCAACCCGCUUCUGCUCGUGCCAGCGACGCAGCUCGCUAAAAAGAUCCGGCGAAAAGAGGUGUCGAGUGUUGAGGUGGUGCAGUCUUACAUCGACAGGAUCCAGGAAGUUAACCCCUUUCUGAAUGCUGUUGUCAAAGACAGGUUUUCUGCUGCACUCCAGGAGGCAGCUCAGGUUGAUAAGCUGAUUGAAGAGGAGACUGGAGGAGAGGAGGUGCUGGAGGACCGGCUGCCUUUACUGGGAGUCCCGUUGUCGGUCAAAGAGUCCUUUGCUCUCCAGGGCAUGCCCUUCACUACAGGUGUGAUGUCCAGGCGUGGAGUCGUGGCCUCUGUUGAUGCUCCACUGGUGGCCCUGCUGAAGAGAGCAGGAGCUAUACCACUGGGCGUCACCAACACAAGCGAGUUGUGCAUGUGGCUUGAGUCUCACAACCACCUCUACGGCAUCACCAAAAACUCGUAUGACCUGGAGAGAAUACCAGGAGGGAGCUCAGGGGGAGAAGGCAGUAUAAUAGGAGGAGCAGGAGCGGUCAUCGGAGUGGGCUCAGACAUUGGUGGCAGCAUCCGUUUGCCCUGCUUUUUCAAUGGAAUAUUUGGCCAUAAAACCACUCCAGGUGUGGUGUCCUGCGAGAACCAGUACCCUCCUACCUCUGGCAGACAGGAGGAGUACCUCAGCUCUGGUCCCAUGUGCCGCUACGCUGAAGACCUGCUGCCUAUGCUCAAGAUCAUGGCUGGACCCAAUGCUGACAAGUUGUCUUUAAACACAAAGGUUGACCUGAAGAAGCUGCGGUUCUUCACCAUCCCACAUGAUGGCGGCUCUGUUUACACAUAUCCCGUCAGUAAAGAGCUUGUGGACAUUCAGAAGAAGGUAGUGGAGCGUCUGGAGAUUGACUUUGGAGUGAAGGUCCAGCAAGUGUCCUUACCUGGGCUCCGCUAUGGCUUCCAGAUCUGGGACAAGUAUAUGGUUCUCCCUGACGAGCAGGGCAAACCCCCUCUGCCAUUCGCUGAGCUGAUGGGGGAACCUGGCCGACCAGCAUGGCCUCUGUGGGAGCUGCUGAAGCGGAUGGUGGGAAAAUCAGACCAUACAAUGGCUGCUAUCAUGUUGGGUCUGCUGGAGGGGAGCUCGUGGUCCAAAACGUCAUCCUUCAUCAUCCAGCAGAAGGAGAAGCUGCAGAAGGAGGUGGAGGAGUUGCUGGGCACUGAUGGUGUUUUUCUGUACCCCACACACCCCAGAGUGGCACCCAAACACCACCACCCACUCUUAAGACCUUUCGACUUUGCCUACACUGGUGUAUUGAACAUCCUUGGGCUGCCAGUUACCCAGUGUCCUCUGGGCUUGGGUAAGGAGGGUCUGCCCCUGGGCGUGCAGGUGGUUGGUGGGAAGCUGCAGGAUCAUCUGACCCUGGCUGUGGCUGUAUACCUGGAGAAAGCCUUUGGAGGCUGGAGGGAUCCUGGAGCAAACUAAAACCACAUCUUCAUAUGCUAACAGCCCUUACCAAAACUCCAGACUGGAGAUGUUGUAAUUAAAAACUGUCAUAGUCUCUGUCUGCCUUGUAGCCCCCUGUAGCACAAACACAGAGGUAAUGUCAGUGAGGCGAAUGUUAAAGCGUGAGCUUGUGUUUUGCACUAAUGACGAAGCACUUAUUCCUUUAAGCGUGAUUAUUUCAUUAAAUACGGGUCAGAGACGGUUAUGAGCACAAGCUUUAAAAGAAGCUGAAAACAGAAGUGGGAACGUGACUGCAUUCACAUUAUCCAAGACAAGGUUUUAUACUGGUCGCCUAAUAAUUUGGUUUCCUGUUUUUGGGCUGCAGAUAAUCUCAUUCAGGAUCAUUUGCACCUGCAUACAUUUAAGAGUCAUAAAGGUGUAGUACGUCUUCAGCUUCAUUAAUCCCACAUCACAGAAUACAUUUAAAAACUAAUACUGAUAGAAAUAUUUGACAGAACUGAUCCAGUGAGCCAGAACUGGAACACUGAGUGAGGGAUGUGCCAGCAGUGGAGCUAGUUGUUGAGCUAAAAUGAGUAAGAAAACUUCUCUGACAUCAGUAGUGGAAGAGGAGAAAAUGUACUAAAACCUAAAUGCUUGAUAAUAUGAAUGCUAUCCAACAAUAGAUCAACAAAUAUGGUGCCUGUUUUAUGUUGCAACUCAUUUUAGUUAAUAAAAAGAGGUUCCUGA